AUGUUUGAAACUCUUGAAAGUAAUGCAUAAAAAUUUGAAGGAUAGCUUAAUUCAUUUAAGAAUUUAAAUGUAGGUUCCUCUUUAGAAACACCAAUUCCUAUAGAGGCUGGUGGAAUGCAAAGAAGAAUAAAAUAAUCCUAAUAUAACUCGAAACUAGAUAAUAGCCUCAAUGGCGAAACUAGUUAUUUUUACAACCCUUAUUAGAUUCCUCCUAAUUGGAAACUAGCUGAGAUACAUAAGAGAGCGACUUAAGUAGGUAAACCUAAAAAAUAGUUCGAAUCAUUUAAAAAUAGUGAAGUUUGUCCAUGCUGUGGUUUUCAGCUCUACAAACGAUAAAUCAAUAUGAUGGAUAAUUAUAUGCUCCUUUCCUUUCUUGGCUCAGGAUAUCCCUUAUUUUUUAGUUUUGCAAAAUAUUGUAUAUAUAUACUAGCUACUAUACUACUUACAUCUGGAUUUUAUAAUUUAUGGACUAAUUACUAAGGAAAUUAUUGUGCAACAAAAAAGCAAAUUAAGCUAGGACUUCCUUAUGCCUGCACAGCAGACUACAUUUCCACUUUAACACUUAUAAAUAAAGCAAAUAAUGAAAAAGCAAUAGCGAUGCAAAAUAUUUUGAAUUUGAUAACGACUUUAAUUUUAAUUAUUCUUUGUAUUUUUUACAGAUCUGAAUAAAAAUAAAUUGAUUAUGAUGUAGAUGCAGAAGAAAUUACUCCUGCAGAUUACACUAUUAUGGUUAAGGGAAUUCCAUAAGAUAUGACAGAAAACUAGCUCAAAGAAUAUAUGGUUGAUUUUAGAAGAGAAGGUGAAGAAGAUAGAGAUCCUCUUGUUGUCGUUGAUAUUUGUUAUGUGUAUAAUGUGAAAAAUGUAAAAAAUGUAGAAGAUUAAAUACAUAAAUUAGUAGAAUAAAAGAAAGCGGCACUUAAAAAUAUUGAUGAAGACUCUGAAGAAUUUAGGGUUUUAACAAAUGAAUGGGAUGAUAAGAUUUAUUAUCAAUUGUUAUAAAGCAUAAGUUACUUAAGAUGUGUUAAAGAUGAUAAAACUCAGUUCACAGGUUAUGCUUUUGUAAGUUUUGAUUUAGAAGAUGAUAAGUAAUAUGUCCUAUAAAGUACAGAUUAAACACUUUGGGAAGCAAUUUAUGAUUACUUUUUUUCACUUUCCCCUGAAUUCAAAGAAAUCAAACUGAAAUAAACCAAUUAAAUUUUAGAAAUAACUGAAUCUCCUGAGCCUUUAGACAUUAUUUGGGAGAACUUGACUAUGAAAGAUAGCGAAAAAUCUGGAAUAAGACAAACUACACGUUAUGCCACAAUAGCGAUUAUAGCUGUUUGUGCUUACAUUAUUUAUCUUCUAAAUAAAUAUUAAAAUGAUAACAGUGAUAACGAAGAUAGCAAUAACAGUGACCUUUCAUUUACUAAUCAAAUACUUUAACAGUUUUCCUUCAAUAAUUUAAUAACAUCUGCUGCAAUUAUAGUUAUUAAUAACUUCGUUAUCACUCUCUCAUUCACUUAUUUUGUUCAUAUUGAGUGCUACAAUACACGUACAGUGUAUAAUGUAUCACUAGCAAAAAGACUAACUAUAGCUCUUUUUGUUAAUAGUGCACUUGUUAUCACCUUUAUCAGUUUUUUCGUGACUAAAAAUGUUUAUUAAAAAGGAGGUCUUGUGUAUACUACUUUUUAUUAUUUUGUUAUAGAUAUAUUUUUAUCUUUUAUUUCGUCUCUUAUUGAUGAAGAUUACUAUGUCUAUCUAAUCAAAAAGUGGUGGUAUUCGAGACAAGGUAAGAAAAGCAGAAUAACCUAAAAAGAAGCUCAUGAAAUUUACUAAUUACCCAAUCAUUAAAUUGAAUUGUGUUAUGCUGAAUUGAUGAAUAACAUGUGUAUCUGUGUAUUUUUCGCACCUGCAAUUCCGAUUGGUUUGGUUUUUCAACUAAUAGGAAUCUUCUUUUAUUAUUGGCUUACAAAAUAUUUUUUAAUUAGAUACAAGAGAAUGGACUGUUAAAUUAGUACAGCUCUAUCACUUUAAAUGACAAACUUUUUAGAAAUGCUCAUACCUACUUAUUCUAUAUCAUGUGCAUUAUUUGAAUAUAGUGCUUAUGGUUAAAUUUCAAUUAUAUAAAUUGUUACAAUAGUAAUAAGCGUCUUGUUUUCUGCUGUACCUGUUUAGGUUAUCCUAGAAUACAUAAUAGAAUUCGAUGUGCAAGUUGAAGAUGUCAAUUAUAUGAAAGCUAUCCAUUAAUUUACCUCGACGUAUAAAAGAGAAAAUCCUUUUACUUCUUUUGAAAGGAGACAUUUUUCUAGAAAAUAUAAAGAUGAAUCAUUUAUUUAGUUAGACUCUUGA